UUCCCUCUCCUUCCUCUCUAUCUCUCUCUUAAUCUUAUUCUCUCUCUUAAUUAUUUUAUGUUUUUUAAUGAUGAGUGAGAGUAAAAUUAAGAGAGAGAUAGAGAGGAAGGAGAGGGAAGGAGAGAAUAUUGAAGGAGAUGAUCCAAGUCCAUCAACCCAUAAACUUUAGCAUCAAUGUCGCUUCAAAUUCAAUCACACUCACUACGACCUUUCAACUUCACCAAAAUACACCCCCACUCAUCUUCACGCACCACCCUAUUCUCCAUCCGUGCAACCACCUCAACCACCUCACCGCCACCGUCAAUCUCAGCCCAGUCUUCACCCAAUCCGCCGACUCAUUCACCAUCCCUUUUCACAGCCACACCGCCGCCCGAAAUUGCAGCGGUUCAUCCCACCCCUGAAUUGGGACUUCUCUCACACUUGUUCGUAUUUUCCAUGGUUUUUGGGUCAUUUUUCUCAGUGGUUUUAGUUUCUAUUCCAACGUUAAUGGCUUUUGGAAGAUUAGGAGAUUCUGUUAAGAAAUUGUCUAAGGUUUGUUCUGAAGAGGUACCUGGAACUUUAACUUCUCUCAAGCUUUCUGGAUUGGAGAUCAAUGAUUUGACCCAACAAUUGACCACUAUCAGGCAUAAAAUUUCUGGCUUUGCCAUUGGAAAGAAGAAUGGAACUGGUAUGAGAUCAAGAUCCUUUCGCAAGAAGAACAACUCAGCUUCCUGAAAUUGUGACAAAUGCUUAGGUGUGUUUUGUGAGCAUUUGUUUCUAGAAUUUUGCCUGCAUCGAGAAAAGUGGCUCUAUGAAGGUCCUAUGUUGAUCCCGAGGAGCAGUAAAAUUAUUGGCAUUGAGUAACUGUUGGCUCGUUUGAGUUUUUGGAUUCAGCUAACAUGUGGUAUGGACCAUUUUAUGGACCAUGAUUGCUUCCAAUCCGAUUUGCCUCAUUCAUGCAAUGAGAACAACAGUUAAAUUUGGUAUUUUUAUUCACCUAGCAUGUGGUAUGGACCAUUUCAUAUUUAAAACUAACAAAACAGUUAAAAAGAUUGAAGUAACAUACUGUUUUUUUUUUGUUUAUAUUAAAUUGAAGAUGUGUCUUGUUAUCAAUAUAUGACUCACAAUAAGAUAUGUGGUUCAAAAUUACGUCAAUUUCGGUGUCUAUGGGAUUUAGAUUACAUGACUUUAGUGCCCCAAAGUCCCCUGACUUUCGCUCAGUCUGCACCAUCAGAUCAAUCCAACACUUGAAAUGGUGUCAUGUGGCAAAAAUUUUCUCACGCCGAUAACACUUAAUAAGACACUUGGCACUGUGUGAAAGCAUGAGAUUGAUCUGAGCAAAAGUCAGGUGACUUUAGCGCGCUAAAGACAUGUAAUCUGGAUCUGGUGUCUAUGUGUUGGUGACUUUGACUUCGACUGACUUUAUAAAAUAAUGGUUUAUUGUCGGGAGAAAUUUAGAUAUAAAAUUUCUGGGUUUGGCUUUGGAAAGAAGGGUGGAAGCACUGAGAUCGAGGGUUCUCAGUUUUGAAGCGCCUUUGCAAAAUAAUGAGAAAAGCUGCUUCACGAGGGACCUAUUUUGAUCCUGAGGACCAGUAUACUAAUGGCAUUGAUAAGCAAUGGACCUAUUUUGUGGUGUCAAAACCCGUUGGAGUCGAUGCUAAUGUAAUGAUUUUUGUAUACGGGCGAGUACCCCUUGUACUCAGUUUUUGAAUGAAAUCAUGUACCAUUGCUUAUCAAAAAAAAAAAAAAAGUCUUGGCUCAUUUGGGGUUUUGGCUUCACCUAACAUGUGUCGUAUGGACCAUUUCAAUUAUGAUCCCAAGUGUCUGUGAGAUGUUGGUAAGUGAUACAAAUUUGACUUCUUAACCUUAAAAAUGGAGGUUAAAUUUCGUAUUGAACAUCUGUAAACAACUUAUCAGUGUCACACUUCUUAAUUAAGUUGCAAGAAUUUUAGAAGUUACAGAGU